UGUCAGCAGACAGCAAGCUGAUGAAGCGCUCCUUCUCCACCAUCGGAGACCAGUGUGUGAACGGCCUGUGGCAGGAACAACACUCUCUGGAGAGAGUCAGUCCUGACGACACGUACCGACCCCGACAGAGGAGCUACAGAGGUGCAAGAAUCAACCACAGAGAAACAAGUAGUCACGAGAGAGGGAGAUCUAAGGAACGGCGCCAUCUACUGUCUCCUGACGUGUCCCGCUGCAACUCUGAGGAGCGAAGUCAGGACGCCUCGUGUGAGAGGAGACGGUCCCGCUCACCCAGCGAAGGACGCGUGCACACCUUACAGAGACAGGUCAACACAUCAGGCAGCCCUGCUCAUUCAGCCUCAGAGUCCAGUACUCCGCGUAAUCGACGGCAGCUGCCCCAGACGCCCUCUCGCCCACGGCCUUACAUCUCCUAUUCUCCUCUGGUUUGCCAAGCACAAACCUCUCCCACACCAGCAACCUCCUCUGAAGGACAGACCCAGGCUCCGGACGGCCCUGUUGGCUCCGCAGAGCCCUCAUGGAGGGCCGACGAGGAGGCGGGGCCCCCCGCUCCAAAUCAGGGGUCAUCCGGAGUUGAGGUGUUAGCACCGAGUCGCCCAUCUCCUCACCGCUACAUCUCAGAGCCCUACCUCCCCUUCCACGAGGACCUCGGCGGUGGCGAGGCAGGCAACGGGCAGCAGACCCUUACCUUCGAGACUGCCAUGGCAACCAGCCUGGGACGGGCCAACGCUAUAAGCUCCGCCCCUCAGCUCAGACACUCCUGGCAGGUUCCUAACGGGCAUUUCCGCAAGCACUUGGGCAAUACGAGUCCGGCUGGAGCCAGCGAGUUGCUCAGUGACACAGACGAGGACGACCGCUGCUAAAACACAGCGGAAGAGGAUGCACAGAGCGACCGGGCACCUCAGAGAUACACGGUUGUAGCUCGUCUGUGGCUCUGAGACCUUGUAUUCUCAGCACUAGUAGCAUAACGGGAAGGACUGAAUGGCACCACUCUUUAUCUGGAUACUUGGGUGUCUGUGUGCAACGUGUCCUUCCAUGUGUGUCUCUUGUUGCUAGAGGGAGAGUAUGUGUGUGUUUGUGCGUGCUCUCAGAAGAGAACAUUUGCCAAAUCAAAAGAACAGCUGAGACUUACAGUAACACAAGCAGCUCGCUGCAGGCAAACCCAUGUGUGGCCGAGCCUUCCCACACGUGUUAGUGUUUUGAUAGUUUGAUCAUAUGUGGUGAGAUGUUGAUCUGAGGUGUCCGAUGCUCUUGUUGAAUCUGAUUUUAACUGAAUUUUGUGUAGGUGAACAUAGCAUGUAAAAAUGUAAUGCGUUGAAUGUAUUUUAGCUCUCGGUUCAUAAGUUCAGGUCAUUUCAGAAGGUAGCUGUCAGGCUUUACUCUGCAUAGUUGUAAGUGUAGCAAUGAAACAAGGUUCAGCCGGAUAGUUGCCAGUUUAUAAUCAGCCAUUUCCAACAGUUCAUGUUUACAAAACCUAUAUCCACAUUGUUCUUUGGCAUUAUACAGUCAUUCAUCAAUGAGGAGUCAAUACAGGAGAUCUACUUGCAGACCCUAGAAUGAGCUGAACAAAGGUCAUGUUAUGUUUUUGCCCUAAUGUGAAACAGUAAGAGAGUAAGUGAGUGAGUGCAACUGAAGCAGUGUCCCAAUUCAAGGGCCACAUAGACCGUGAAGGCUGAACCGAAAUGAGACGGACUUGUCCACAGAGGAUUUCUGAGAUCGGUGUCACCAGCUUGUCCUGCUGUCACCUAGCAACAGAGCUGCUGUUGGACAUAACGAGAAAGUUUUAAUGCCUCUUGUUUUUUAACAUGUACCGCCAGCUGUUGAAGCCUGAUAUUUAAGCAUCAGACUUCUCUUUGCUUGCCUGCACCAUUACCUCUUUGGAAAAGUGUUUGUCACCGAAGCGCAAUGAAUCCUGGGAUAUGUUGGCCCAAAGAGGAUCCAAAUGGUUGAUGAUUUAUUUCUCUGGAAUGGAAGAACGCAUUUUGAGGAGACUUUAAAAUGUGACAGCGUGGUCAUGCCGCUGUGACACAAUCGGUCUUCAAAUGCAGCCUCUGUAGGUCGGGCCUCUGAAUUGAGACACAGCGACUGUAGCCCACAUUGGUUGAACAUGAUGAUAAAAUAUCCCGGACACAGGUGCCGCCAUCUUGCACCUUUGACAUAAUUUGGAGUUUGCGUACUAGUGAUUGUGGCAUGAAGCUGGGUAUUGAGGUACAUUCUCAACCAAUCAAGAGUCAGCCUCAGCUGUCAAUCAUGUUUCAUCCUGUUUUUAUAUUUAUAUAAAAAUAACUAAUGGUGAACACUCAAACUUACAUCUGUGUGACAAAAACUACCUAAAAUGACAGACACCAUCUCUGACAAAACUUUAUGUGAUGUGACUUUUUAGUUGGGUCUCUGUCCCCACUGCUAACAAGGAGGAGGCGAGACUUAUGACCUCUACUGCAGCCAAAGAUGAUUUGGCUUCACUUUUAGGGAGCUGUCAUGUCGUCCACCUUUACAUACAGUCUGUGGAGUGUCCGUCAUCAACAGUAUAUGUGUUGGCUCUGUGGCGUGAAAAAGAAAAGAAUAAGAGAUGCUUGGUCUCAGGAUACUGUAACUGUGGUUUUGUAACAUAUUCUCAUCUGAAACCUGAAGUUGUUCUUCGGAUCUUGGACCUAAAAUGAACUUUACACAUCAGUUAGCAUGACAUCCAGUGACAACGCUGUCACAAGGACGAGUGGAGAUUUCAAACACAUCUGAUGUGAUCAUGGACUGUAGCAGCUCUGGCCCCUGUAGGACAGAAAAGUGUUCAAUUCCCACAUUGAUGUGCUGGAUUACCGCUGUGGAUGUUGUGUGGAGAGGUGACCAAAGCCAUUUUCUUCCUGUACAUACAGAGCCGAGGACACGUCCUCUUCAGGAGGUGUUUCUCUCACAUGAUGAAAACAAUGAGAAAUGAAAUGUCUUUUCUACAUGUGAUGCAAAUGAUUUCAACAAUAAGGAAAAGAGGAGUCACAGGCACAGUACGUUUGUGUCUUUGUUUACUGCCACUUUGUUUCUGUCACAUUGGAGUCUAUGUUUUGGUCAGUAGAAUCAAGCAUUAUGGUAUUUUCUGUGCUCCAGUGUUAUAGUAAAUUGCCACAUGCAUGAUAAUGGUGAUUUGAUGAUGGGAGAUGUGUGAGAGGUUUGUAUCCAUUAUGUUUAAUAGGGUUUAUUUUGGCUAAUUUGGUGAUUCUGAAACAUCCAGCAGAGAAAUGCUUCCUCAUUCCCAGCAUUCACUGUUCCUCAAACACAUUCUCACAUUUGUUGUUGCCCCUGAAUAAGAUGUAUAUUUAUAUCAAGUGCUGUUGAGUUGUUAUGAUAUGUUGAGUUUGACAUGUUUUCUGAAAUGUGAACACAGGACACGUGGACGGGUCAGAAGAGAUAACGCCAACCUGCUGAGGCACUAAACAGGAAGUCCUGGACGGAUAAGAUGUAGUUUUCAAGUAUGGGUGGAUUUAUACAGUUUCCAGGUUCAGUGUACAGGUUAGGGUUCCGGCUUUAGCCUGUAGUUUAUACUGUGGUGCAGUGCAGCCUAUAGGACCUGAACUCGAUUGUACAGAACAGCCUAUUCUGUGCCUGGGGACGCUCGCUCAAAGAGUUUCCCCGCCUGGAUUUCCUAGAUAGAGAUGCUUUC